UUUUUUAUUGGAGGGGGCGUGGAAAAGGGUGGUGUGUUCGGUUUGUUAUGCUUUAAGUUGCAGAUAAAUGAUUUCUAUAAAUUACGUGCGCUAAGAAAAGGAAAACUCGAAUUAGAUAAAUCCCGCUAUAUGUGAUUCCAGCCUCCCAUCAUGUGCGAGUCCGCGCCGGAGAUCUUCCACGAGAAACAGCGGCUGGAGCUGUGCGCCAUCCACGCGCUCAACAACGUGCUGCAGGAGCGCAUCUUUACCAAGGAGGCGGCGGAUGAAAUCUGCAAAAGGUUAGCUCCAGAAUGUCGUGUUAAUCCUCACCGCAGCUUCCUGGGGACGGGGAACUACGAUGUGAAUGUAAUUAUGGCAGCACUCCAGAGCCGGGGACUGGCAGCAGUGUGGUGGGACAAGCGCAGGUCGGUGGACUUGCUACAUCUGGACCACAUCCUCGGCUUCAUCAUGAACAUCCCAUCGCUGGUGUCGCUUGGCUUCCUCUCCUUGCCGUUCCGGAGAAGGCAUUGGAUAGCAGUGAGACUCGUCAACGAAUGUUACUACAACCUGGACUCCAAGCUGAAGGGGCCCGUCCGCAUCGGAGAUACAUGUGACCUGCGGAACUUUCUCAAGGAGCACAUCUCACAGGACCCGUGUGAGGUCCUGCUGGUUGUGGACAAGAAGGUCGAGGAGGAUGGCACAUGGAUGCUGCACAGCAGUUGACGGAGCUGUUUAUCCUGUGACUGAAAAUGACGCAUGCCUGCCUGGAAGAGCUUUGGCCGUGGACUUCGGCGCUUUCAAUGGAAUAACUCUGCAUCUGGAGAACCAUACGUUUGCCAGUAACUUUGCACUUUCAACAUUUUUAUAUGCCUUGAAUGAGGAACAAGAAGGGAUAAGGGUGAGGUCUGAGAAAAGAAACAAGAAAAUGUAAAUUUGCUUGCUUGGUUAAUUGAUUGAUUGAUUGAUUGAAGUUUUUUGCAUCCCUAAGUAGGUGGAUGAUUUGGGUUAUAAAUGAUGUGACAAAGGAGAGCGUCACUCUCUGCCUGCCCGGAGGUCCGAGCACAUGGCGUCCUGAUCACCGCUGUCUUCUGAGCCAGCGUGUGCUUUUUCUAUACAUUAUGACCCUUGAUAAGGCCCACCUAUCCACUAUCGGCUAGGACCCCCCUUUUGUCUUUAGAAAAGCCUGAAUUCUUCAAGGCAU